AUGGAACCCAUCCUGGAGACGGAAGAAGCUGAGUCGAGCCUGCAGAGCUCGCAGACUAAUUUCAAGAAGUUGCGGCGUCUUCCAUCUCCUGCUGAAUGGAAGGAAUUUUCUCGAAGUCUGGGAGUGAUCAGGGCAGGCCUCGAAGCAGGAGAUCCCAAGUUUGGGAUGAGUCUGCAAGAAGCCAAGGAAGUAUAUGAGAGGGUGGAGGACGUCGUGAACCUGGUCAUGAAGCAUCAGGGUCAGGUCAAGAACCUUGAAGAUCGAGAGAAGAAGAAGACCGCCGAUCUGGCGAGCUCGCAGCAGGAAAUCAUGAAUCUGAAGAAGCAGCUCUCCCUGGCCACACAAAGAUUGACGGAAGCUGAAGAAAGUGUCAAGGAAAGCAGGCAGCAAGCUGUGCCUCCAGAGGAAGUGGAGCAGCUGUUCAUGAGGCUGGCAGACUUCGAGUCGCUGGCGCAAAACGUCUUCGAUGCCGAAGCGCUCUCGGAGGUUUCUGUGGCAUCAAUCCUGGGUGGCCUGACAGGGUCAAAGCCUCGGAGUGCGCCUGGAUCGCCGUACACGCCAUUGGAAGACAAGGAGAACGUGGAGGUGGAGACCAGCAAGCUUCGCCGAGCAGUGGAGGAGGCGGAAGAGGAGGCAAAGUCCGCGAAACAAACAUCGGUCGAAGCCCGCCUAGAAGCCGAGGGCUACAGAGAGGAGCUGGAGAAAGUAAACGGCGAGAUAAUUUCUGUCAAGAAGGAGCUGGGAGACGUGCAGCGAGCGCUGUGCAAGGAAACACGCGACCUGCGGACGAUGCAAAAUGUCGUCGAGACACAGCACCAGGCGGUGAUGAAGGAGCAGCAGAGGUCACAUGCACUGGCUGAAGAGCUCCGACGAGUAAAGGUUGAAGGUGUUCUGAACGCUACAAUCGGCAAAGAGGCCCUCUCCACAGGGGUCCCUGCAUCGAAAGAGGACGUCGAAACUCGAAGAGACGACGUGUCAGAGACCACUGCAUCCUCAUCCUCUGCAGAAGCGGUGGUGGCUAUCUUCCGCGAGCAUGUCGCCGAUACGCAGGGUCUUUUGGAAGAUGAGAUGGCCAACGUGAAUACCGUCUUGGAUGUCCAGGAGGAGGUGCUUCUCGCCUUGCGCAGGGUUGCCGAGGACAGGACGUAUCUACGCUCCAGGCUGAAGAUCAAGCAGUCGGAGACAGACCAAGUUCGCCGCGAUCUUGAGAAUGCAGAGGCGACAAACGAUGAGCUCACGACCAAGUUGCAGUGCUCCGAGGAGGCUUUGCAGGACGCCAGGGCGAAGGCCUUGCAGCAUGCCUGUGCAGAAGAACAGGUGCAGAUGAAGUACAGCGAGACGGUUGCAGCAGCACAGGCCUUGCAGGAUGCGAUCGCGGCCUUGCAGUCCCAGGUGGAAGAGCUUCAGACGCAGGUAGAAGUAAAGCAGCAAAAGCUCACGGCCGUAUCGCAAACCCUCGAGGCCGAAACUGCCGAUGCCGCCGCACAGCUCGUCGCUGCCCGAAAGAAGGUCGAGAGUCAUGAGAGUGAGCUCCGGGAAUCUGUGCUCGCAGCGGAGAAACUGCAGGCGACAAACGACGAGCUCACGACCAAGUUGCAGUGUUCGGAGCAGGCUUUGCAGGACUUGGAGGCACAGAAGCAAGCCGCCGCGGCAGAUCUAGAGAUCCGCUCCACGGCCGUUGCACGUGCCGAAGCGGACAAGAUGGAACUGCAGGCCAAGCUCGCUGACCGCGAAGCUCAGCUUUUUGCGGCCGUGCAGGCGCAGGAGGCAAGCAAGGAGUUGAUUGAAGCUCUUCGUGGAGAAGCAGUGCAGAUGAAGUACAGCGAGACGGUUGCAGCAGCACAGGAUGCGAACGCGGCAUUGCAGUCCCAGGUGGAAGAGCUUCAGACGCAGGUAGAAGUACAGCAGCAAAAGCUGACGGCCGCAUCGCAAACCCUCGAGGACUUGGAGGCACAGAAGCAAGCCGCCGCGGCAGAUCUAGAGAUCCGCUCCACGGCCGUUGCACGUGCCGAAGCGGACAAGAUGGAACUGCAGGCCAAGCUCGCUGACCGCGAAGCUCAGCUUUUUGCGGCCGUGCAGGCGCAGGAGGCAAGCAAGGAGUUGAUUGAAGCUCUUCGUGGAGAAGCAGUAGCUUCCGCAAGUGUGCUUCCAGAGGUGCAGAUGAAGUACAGCGAGACGGUUGCAGCAGCACAGGCCUUGCAGGAUGCGAACGCGGCAUUGCAGUCCCAGGUGGAAGAGCUUCAGACGCAGGUAGAAGUACAGCAGCAAAAGCUGACGGCCGCAUCGCAAACCCUCGAGGCCGAAACUGCCGAUGCCGCCGCACAGCUCGUCGCUGCCCGAAAGAAGGUCGAGAGUCAUGAGAGUGAGCUCCGGGAAUCUGUGCUCGCAGCGGAGAAACUGCAGGCGACAAACGACGAGCUCACGAACAAGUUGCAGUGUUUGGAGCAGGCUUUGCAGGACUUGGAGGCACAGAAGCAAGCCGCCGCGGCAGAGCUAGAGAUCCGCUCCACGGCCGUUGCACGUGCCGAAGCGGACAAGAUGGAACUGCAGGCCAAGUUCGCUGAGCUUCGCGGUCAGCUUUUUGAGGCCGUGCAGGCGCAGGAGGCAAGCAAGGAGUUGAUUGAAGCUCUUCGUGGAGAAGCAGCUUCCGCAAGUGUGCUUCCAGAGGUGCAGAUGAAGUACAGCGAGACGGUUGCAGCAGCACAGGCCUUGCAGGAUGCGAACGCGGCAUUGCAGUCCCAGGUGGAAGAGCUUCAGACGCAGGUAGAAGUACAGCAGCAAAAGCUGACGGCCGCAUCGCAAACCCUCGAGGCCGAAACUGCCGAUGCCGCCGCACAGCUCGUCGCUGCCCGAAAGAAGGUCGAGAGUCAUGAGAGUGAGCUCCGGGAAUCUGUGCUCGCAGCGGAGAAACUGCAGGCGACAAACGACGAGCUCACGACCAAGUUGCAGUGUUCGGAGCAGGCUUUGCAGGACUUGGAGGCACAGAAGCAAGCCGCCGCGGCAGAGCUAGAGAUCCGCUCCACGGCCGUUGCACGUGCCGAAGCGGACAAGAUGGAAUUGCAGGCCAAGGUCCAGGUCCAGUCGGAAGCUGCGUGCUUUGACAUUUCUACACCGCGGAGCAUCAAGUCACCAUGGGCAGAGAGCCCGGAGGCUGCUCCAGUGGCUGAAGUGGCUGGAGCAGAGCAAUCGGGACUCUUGGCCGAGAACAGGCUGUUGCGUGAGCGACUCUCUGCUUUCGAGGAGGAGAAGGCAACUUCCCUCCAAGCUUUACGCGAACAAGUGAUGCUGCUUGCCAGAGAGAACUACGAUCUCAAGCAUGGAGUUCGCCAAGCCGAGGCGCCCCUCGUGCAAGCCAAGGAGGUGCCUGCCGGCUCGGGAGCUGCAUCCGAAGGUGACCAAAGGUGGUGGCUGUCUGCCAUCUUUUCUCCGUUCUUGACUGAAGGAGACAUGCGUGAAAUCCAUGCGCAGUCUCGCUUGGACGAAGCCGACGGCCGAAACGAGGGCUGA